UUUACUAUCACGGAGAUUAUGACCACACUUGCUCGAAGUCGCAAGCUGUAGACACAUCCCUGCGAUACCAUCUGCGGAAAAACUGCAGAAACGCGCGCGCGAAUUUUCCGGUUUGACACUUCCGCCGCGUCAAGAUGAAUCCGCCCACGCUUUCCCCCGUAUCUGUCGACAGUUUCCGCGCGUCUCGGGUUGCGACGUAAGGUGCGCUUUUCCGGCCUGUGCCAGUGCUUGCCGCGUUUUUCCGAGUGCAAUAUUUAUACGCGACAUGGUGGAUCUUAAGAACGAGCCGGCGCCAGCGCCGAAAAAAUCCCGCGGGAUAUCCAUGACUACCGUGAAGAACUGGCUGAUGCCCGAUAAGAAAAUUUCCGUGGAAACCCCCAAGUUUCAGAAGAUGCCGGAAACUUUUUUGCGGUCGCUGAGACGGCGAUCGUUGCGCAUCAAGAGGACUAAAUCUUUGGUGUUACCGGAAAAGAGGAAAUCUGAUUCCUUCGUGAAUAGCCAGGAAUGGACUCUGUCCAGGGCUGUUCCAGACCUGCGUUUGGGUAUCGUGGGUUCGUUAUCUUCUGGCAAGUCAGCGCUGGUUCAUCGCUACCUAACGGGUUCCUACAUGCAGGAGGAAUCCCCAGAAGGUGGAAGGUUCAAGAAGGAAAUUCUAGUCGAUAAUCAGAGCUAUCUUUUGCUGAUCAGGGACGAAGGAGGGGCCCCUGAACUACAGUUUACCGCGUGGGUUGACGCUGUGAUCUUCGUGUUCAGCUUGGAAAACGAAUCAUCUUUCAACGCUAUCUACAACUACUACACCAAGAUGUCGCAUUACAGAAAUUCCGCUGAGAUUCCUCUCAUUCUAGUUGGUACCCAAGAUGCAAUAAGCGAGAACAACCCACGUGUAAUCGAUGAUUCACGUGCUAGAAAAUUGGCAAACGAUCUGAAAAGAUGCUCCUACUACGAAACAUGCGCCACCUACGGCUUGAACGUGGAACGUGUUUUCCAAGACGCAUGUCAGAAAAUUGUACAACAACGGCUAUCAUCUUCAACGUCCUGCUUGACUCCAACGAAUUCCAGACCAUCAACUCCAAACAAUCACUUUCAUCAGAGACAUUUUGGUCCUAUAACCACACAAUCAACAAAUGGAAUUGGACAAUCACCAACGACAAAUAUGUCGCCUAGUCAUAACUACGCUUUAAGUCUUAAGGAUACUGCUAAUGUUAUCGGUAAUCGUCAACAGCACACCCUCUCAUCGUCGACUCAUCAUUUGUACAGACAAACGGAUAAAGAUCCAAUAUUUAGGUCGUACGAAGAGAAGUGGAACUCGUCAUCUUCCACCCUUGGAAGCCACGGCUCCUCUCAAGGACUCGUGGUGCAAACGGUACCAACUGAGAACAAUAAUGUGACAAAAUACGCACCCUCUCACGCACUGGACAAUGUACAAAACACGCAAAAUAACUCAAAAGACCCCAAAGAUCUCCCCACUCCAAGUUCCACACCUACAACUUCGAGAAAAAGCCGCAGAAGAUCAAACCUGUUUACAACUUCCAAAAAAGGAGAGGAAAAAUUGAAGAACGGCGGUGAUUUCGGCAGUGGUAGGGCAAUUCCUCUGAAACAAGGCUACUUGUACAAGAAGAGUAGCAAACCCUUGAAUAAAGAUUGGAAGAAGAAGUAUGUCACCUUAUGCGAUGAUGGUAGAUUGACCUAUCAUCCCAGUCUGCAUGACUACAUGGAUGAUGUUCAUGGCAAAGAGAUUUCUUUGCAAUACGUGACUGUGAAGGUACCUGGACAAAAGCCUAGGGGUUCCAGAUCUAUAAUUACAGUGGUUGGAGCGAAUGGGAGCAAUGUAAUCAAUGACGGCAUUGGUGGGCUGUCCAUUGGAGCAAAAGACAAAGGUGUUACUGAAAGAGGCUUACUGAGUGCUUUGGAUGUAGUGAAGGAUCCUAGCUCGAAAUACUCCCAAGCAAGCGGUGAUGAAGGUAUGGUGCUGUCAAACAGCAGUACCUUCCUGAAUGGGGAGGGUUUGAAAACAGAAACGCCCAAUGUAAAGAAGAGACAUCGAAGAAUGAAGAGUAGUGGAGUCAAAAAUUCAGAAUAUGAUGAUCCGGAUGGCUAUGAAUUUUACAUAGUUUCGCUGGAUAACAAGCAGUGGCACUUUGAGGCCGCAAGUUCUGAAGAGAGAGACGAAUGGGUUGCGGCUAUCGAACAGCAGAUUUUGAAUUCUUUGCAGUUGAGCGAAUCUUCACAAGUUAAGAAGCAAACAAGUAGCGCGGAAGCAGCUACUAUACUGUCGAUACGAACAAGAGUCCCUGGGAAUGGAUUUUGUGUUGACUGUGAUGCUCCAAAUCCAGAUUGGGCAAGUCUAAAUUUGGGAGUCCUUAUGUGUAUAGAAUGCUCUGGAAUUCACAGAAAUUUGGGUUCUCAUAUAUCAAGGGUUCGUUCACUGGACUUGGACAAGUGGCCACCCGGCCACCUUAGUGUUAUGUUAGCUAUAGGAAACACGCUGGCGAAUUCAGUGUGGGAGUGCAAUAGUCAAGGUAGGACAAAACCUACCCCAAAUUCUAGUCGUGAAGAGAAGGAACAGUGGAUCAGAUGGAAAUAUGAGAGUAAAGACUUCCUACCUGCACCUAGCAAUACAAUGCCUUUGGGUCAGCAGUUGGUGGACGUCGUUUGUAGUGCUAAUAUAAAAUCAAUAAUACACGUAUUGGCACAGGCAAAUACUGAACAGGUCAACGCUCACGUUUCUCCGAGAGAUCUGAGGACACCCCUACAUCUGGCUUGUGCAAUGGGUAACUUAGCAGUGGCUCAACUUUUGAUCUGGCAUAACGCCAAUGUCAAAAGCAUCGAUCAAGACGGUCGUACCCCCUUGGCCUACGCUAGAGCUGCGCUAAGUAUAGCAAUCGCCAAAAGCCAGACAAACAACACGCCAAACUCAGAAGCGAAUGUUGCAAGUUGCAGGAGUUUGAUUGAGCUCCUUAUAUCAUACGGUUGUCCAGAACUUUCUACAUUUGUUCCUGGUAGCGGAACACUUCCUCGGCGCAGAGGUAGCCAAGCCAUUCAACAUUUAGAAAAGUUACCCUCCAGCAUUCUUUAGUGACGAGAAAAACGCACGAGUUGUCCCCCUAUUGAUUGAAAGGCAUAUUAUGUAAUGAUGGUUAAGAUAGUGAGUUGAAAUAAUCACUUUCACAGGUUAAAUUGGAAUUGAAAAUAUUUGAUUCUAUGUGUUCAAUGGAAUUUCCACUUUUUGAAUAUUUUUUCAGUGUAGAUCAAUGAUCUUCAUGAAGAUCAGACAAGGUGUUCAAUCAAACCCCACGUCUCCAAUGGUUGUCCAUGUUGUCAAUAACUUCUUUUUGUCUCCAAUUAUUCGCUUCAUUCAUGGACAUCCAUUUCGCCUUCUACUUUUGGACUGAUUAGGAAGAAAUAAAUUUGUAUUUAAAGAUUAGUCGAAAUAGCUGAACAAUCACUACUUAGAACAGUCUUGAUGUAUGAUAAUGAAAAAUUACAUAGUAAUCACUAGCUUUUCGUGAAGAAAUUCGUUGUUCGGAAUUUACAUUUGACUGCCUCUGAUUGUGAUGAAAAUUUGAAUCUCGUAUCCUUUAGUUCCAGUUCAGAUAUUGAGGUAGUAUAACUGUAUAACGUAAAUAGAUCACAAACCAUUUAGAAAAUGAGGGACGGAUCAUAUUCAGUGCUGUAAAAAUCUUGCAAUGUCUAUCUUUUUUUUUAUUAAUUGUUAUGCCCUCCUGUAUUCAAAAGUAUUCUUUUAAAAUCAAGUUACGAGUAAAGUGUUUCUUUGAAAACCUUGACUUCAAAGAAAUCUGAGCGUGAUGAAAAAAAAUUAAUAUUUGCCAAAAGACAAUCCACAAGAAAUGACGACAAAGCCGCAGGUAUAUUAAUUUAUUUUUCAAAUAUCCGCCACCAGUUUUACAUAUUAAUCCUAUAUUGCAACAAUACCAUGAUAUAAACUAUUUUUUCAUCACUUAUAAAUUCAUUUCAAUGAUUCAGUAACUCAUUUGAAAUAUUUAAUGAUUUUUCUAUUGAAUAAAAAUAAUAUAGGUGGAUUCUUGAGGGUGAUGAAACUGAGAGACUUGAGUUAGCAAAAAAAUUCAACUGUGGUGCAAUAUGACGUUUCUUCAAACAAAUUAGAGGGAAGUUUUUCGACAAUUUUUUAUUUCUACCUGCUGUAUAUCUCUGGUGUCCCAAUUCAAAUAGUUUGUUUCCAAGUGGUUCAUGUUUAAAAUACUUCACUGAUUGCAAUAUCAUAUUUUCAACUACGGCACGUACUUAUUUUAUUCUCCGUGUAGUGAAUUCGAUGUACUUAUGUACGUAAUUUUUGUUGUUUGAUUCGCAAAUAGAAGAAAAACAGUCUAAAAACUUUCAUUGACUAAAGAAUCUUUUUUAUGUGUAUUUACCCUAGUGAUAGCGAUUUAUUUAUUAUAUCUAUUUGUAUGAGUUGCAGUGUCGUGUAUUAUGUCUAAUUUUUCUAGCUGGAAAUACUCGUUUUGUUAUUUUUUUGUACAUAACUUCGCCAAAGAAAUUGUAUCUUAUAUUGUUUUGUAUAUAUGAGUCAAAUUUUGUACAGAAAUUAUAUAUGUUGUUCUUCCUUACAUAAAAUGUUAUUUGAUUCUUAAAA